AUGUCAGGCUGCUGUGACGCGGGGGAGGCGGGGCUCGGGCGGGGUUCCCGCGGGAGGGGAUGGAUCGCCAGGUCCGGCCUAAGGGGAGGGAUCCAGGCUAAGUGGGGGCGGGGCCCGCGAGCUAAUGCCCCACCCCCCACCCCCGUUAGAGCUUGCCCGCCGGGGAACAAGCCUCUGGGCGGAGGAGACGCUUUCAAAACAAAGAAAUGCGGCGUGGAGCAGGAGGGACUAGACCCGGGAGGAGGAGAGCGCCCGCUGCGCUGCCGCUGCAGCGCACCCCGCCCCGAGCCCCGUAUCCUCGGUUCUGGAGGCCGGACCCGAGGCCGAGAGAGCCAAGUGUCCAGAAACGCGCAGAGCGCAAAAAACCUGCCUGGCAGUCCGCGCGACUCGCAUCGGAAGCCGGCCGCGUCCGCCCCUCCCUCGCGCUCCCUCAGCCCCCUCGGGCCAGGAGGCCGCCCAGCUCGCGCGGAUCCGGAGAACUUGAGACGCUUCUCUUUGCCCCCGCGGCGGCUCUGUCGAGAUACCCCCCUGAGCCUGGGCUUCUCACGCUUGAGGUGGGUAUCAUACCCGGGCAGUGUCUUCACCAAACACACCUUUGUGAGUACACACGCCACGGGGGCGCGCGCACACACGCCCACGGACUCGCGCGCACGCAGCCCAGCAGGCAGCAGACGGCGCGACCCGGGCCACUCAGCCGCGCCAGGCGGCAGACGGCAGCUGUGAGAGCGCUGGGUGCGAACUUAGGUCUGCGGUGCGGUUCUGACCUGGGCGCCGGAUUGCUGGGAGCCGAGGCACUCUGGUCGCGCGCCGCAGUCUCUCCCACCCUGGUGGUGCCCGAACGGCCGGUCCUCCAGGGAAAGGGAGCGCGGGGUGCGGGCGACUGAAAGCGAGCGAAGAGCGCAGCUCCCUGGUUCAAGGGCGCAGCGAAGGCGAGGGAGCGAGUCCGGGUCUGAACCGGGAAAACUGCAGACAUUGUUCUUCGUCCUCCACAGAGCGCGGGCAAAUCUGUGUCCGAGCCUCAAGCAUAAUUAUCACGUUAGAGACAGCUUGACUCUUCCCCACCUUCUGUUUUUACUUACCGUAAACAGCGUCACUGAUACUAUCGCUAUUGUUGAACAUAAAACUUAUCUCCUUUGACACUUUCGCGUCUUUUAAGGUUGUUGGCUGAUAACCCAGCACUGCAUUCAGUGCCGUAACAUUUGUAGCUUUAAAGGGAUAGAGAGCUUCGAGGUUUUAAAAGAACUGCUCACUCACGGUCGAGACCCAGAAGAACUCAAGCAUCAGGUCCUGACUCUUCUCCUCGCCGGAGACGGGACGCUGGCAGACUUUCCAUAGCUGCCUUACUUGUCACGAAAAUUUGGUGACAUUAUAUUUUUGUAUAUCCAUCUGUUAUUUCUCUGAGUGCUUCCUCAAUGCCUGGGGAAAGGCCUGGGCAGAAAACUAGAAGAUCUUUAUGUGCAAACGGGAGGGGGAAGGCCCUUUCCUCCAGUUGCUCCCUUUCUGGACGCCUUAAAAUUAAAAACAGGUGAUAGCAAACAUUGGGACUGGCGGUUUAAUGUGCUGAGCCCUCGAGCAUGGGACUUGCCCUUAUGAAGCUCAUUACCACAAAGGAGAGUCUAAACUUGCAUAUU